ACGAUCAGUUUGGGUUCGAACACGCUUUGGUAGAGACGCGACGAAACGCGCUCUCCGAUAAACGUUACGACGCGUCUGAUUCGUUUCACACGAGAAGUGUUUGGUUUAUUCGUUGGUGUCGAUGGGAACUUGAUGGUUUCUGCGGAUUGUAGUGAUUGUUGAAUUACCGAAAGGAUUGUUCUGUUGAAAUUUGGAUCUACCACAUCAGUUCGGAUAUCUAUGACAGUUUUAUCGAACUGAUUUCGUUAACUUUGAUUUGAUUGUGUGUUUUGUGUUUCGGAUAUUUUGUGAUUAGAUGAUGCUGUAUUGACAAGCACCAACAAGCCGACAAAAUGGAAUGGUUUAAUUUGAUGAAACUAGUGUUGAUAAAUGUGGUGUGUGUUGUGCGUUUUGCAAGCAGUGCACGGUGGUCUCAUUCUGCAAUGUUGAAUCCGGAUUACAAGUUGCUUUGGUCCCUUGGACCUGGACCUCAGGAUAUUACCUUCGAGUUGCAAGUAAGAACGCUGGGGUAUGUUGGUUUCGGCUUCUCCAGAGAUGGAAGAAUGGCUGGAUCGGACCUUAUUAUCGGAUGGGUGGACCAAGGACAAGUGCAUUUUCAGGACCGGCAUGUUAAGGACUCGCCCGGAAGUUCGAUAGAUAGGGAGCCGGAAGUUGAUCCCAGCCAGGAUUACCAACUUUUACUGGGGUACGAAAACAAUACACACACCGUGUUGAGAUUCUGGAGGCGACUAGACACUUGCGAUAACCACGAUAUCCCGAUCACGAAUGACACCAUGAGGGUGGUUUGGUCAUAUGACAAGUACGAACCUGCUGGUGGAAGUGUUGGCCCCAAAUCUUUACCGCAACACGACACAGCCUCAAGAGGGAGCCAAUCGCUCUAUCUGGUGCAGAGAGCAGACCAGAACGCUCCAAGUCCUGAAGAAACUGCAAGAGUUUGGGAGCUGAGGAAUCCUUCCGUUGAACCACCAGCCUUAGGAGAAACUUUAUACUGGUGCAAAAUAUUCAGGAUACCUUCAUUGAAUCGCAAACAUCAUCUCAUUCGUUACGAGCCACUCCAAGGCCUCACAGGAUCCAAAGGAUUGCAGCAUGUAGUCCUAUAUGAAUGUCAAGAUUCCUCUCAAGUAGCUAAACUGGCUGACAUGCCUGGUCGGCAAUGCUACGAACCUAACGCUCCUUCUCUGUCCUGCAAAACGGUAGUGGCUAGUUGGGCUAGAGGUUCCGAAGGCUUCAGCUUUCCCCCAGAGGCUGGAUAUCCCCUGGAUCCAUCAUCUUCAAGAUUCUACCUUCUGGAGACGCAUUUCACUAGUCCAACCGACGGUUCAAAUGCAGCCUUGGACGGUUCAGGCUUGCGCCUCUAUUACACUCCCGAAUUGAGAAGGCAUGAUGCCGGUGUGUUGUCGAUUGGUAUGGACCCUAACUGGAGACAUAUAAUUCCUCCAGGACAACAGCGCGUUGUCUCCUCGGGCCAUUGCGUUUCUCAGUGUACACGUCAGGCCUUCCCUCAUGGUGGCAUAAAUAUGUUCGCGGUGGUGAUGAAGACCCACAGAAUCGGUAAGCAGGUGUCGUUGAAACAUAUAAGGAAUGGCGUCGAGCAGCCUCCGAUAGCCGCCGAUGAUAACGUGGACGCUGAUUACCAGGAGUAUCGCAAGUUGGGCGCGCCUGCCAAAAUAUUGCCUGGUGAUCAUUUAAUUGCUGAGUGUACAUAUAACAGUUCGGCUAGAAGUGCUAUAACAUUGGGUGGACUUACCAGUCGUGAAGAAACGUGUUUGGUGAUGGGGUUGUAUUAUCCGAAACAAAAGACUUUGGCUGCUUGUCAUAGCUUGCCGAGCCUGCCGACAGUAUUGCAUUCUUUGGGAAUCCAGGAGCUUAGCCCUGGUUCUAAUCCGGUGAGGAUUGCCGCUCCUCCGGAACUGGCCGGGAUGACCCUGGAGUCCAGAUUAGUGUCCUACGAUUGGGACAACCAGUUCCAAGCUUUCCAAGAUGCGACUGUCAGGGGAUCCUUCAUUCCUUUGUGUCGGACGGCACAAUCGACUCUGUUGCCGGGCACCGACAAAGACGCCCGAUACCCCUACAUAUCAAAACCGUACCAGCGUCCCCAGAGCGACCAGUGCAACUACAGGAGGUACAGCACCGAAGGUGGCUGGCCGGGAGGUACCCAAAUAGUAGAACUAGACGACAAUCACAUAGGCGGCGCUGCCCGCAGCAAACUGCCAAGGAGCAACAGCCCCUCAGCCGAGGAAUCUCUCAGUCUCAGCAGAUUCAACAGCGCCACCACGAACAUUUCGAGUUUAGUGCCUCUCGUCAUAACCGCGCUGCUGAUCUGGUUCAAUCGUUGAACACCCAGAGGACGCUAGUUGUUGAACCGUUUUCCUAACCGACUGAUUUUUGAAUAGUGACCGAAGUGAUUUUUUACGACAAUUUGCCUCCGUUCGAGACAUCCCUGAGUCAAAACUACUAGUCUAUUCGGCCAGAUCAAUCUAAUUCUAACGUAAAAGUGAAGACUGCGAAAUCCGAUGACAGGAGCACGUGACGUCUGUGGUGAGUCCCGUAUCCAUUCCUUGCCAGUGUAACCCCGACAAGACGAUGAAGGUUUUUUCCUUUUUGUUGAACGUGAAGCGGGUGAGUGCAUUCGGGAAAUGAAACGACAGGAAUUUUUAUUAUAGCCUUUCGCCUGAUUUUACAUUGUUGAUCUUUUGUUUCUGGUGCCCUGCACCCGAUUCAAAUGCUUUGUGAACUGGUGAAAUGAUAACCAAAUCAGAUUUAGAGGAAAUUAUCGGCAGGUUUGAUGAAAUUACCCUUAAACCUCCCUAAAUAUUCCACCACUGAUGUUAUAACUUCAUUAAUAAGUGGACAUAAACACAUCAUAGUGUUUAAAAUAAAAAUACGAAACGAAUUAUAUCAAAUGCAUAAGGACAUCGAAAUUUUGCAAUAAAAAAGAAGUAUAUAGAGUUAGACUAAAAUGGGUAAAGCAUUUAAACAACCUACUGAACGCCUAAAUCUCCAAUUCACCACUCUCUUACAAUAUAAUCUAGUUUUGAGAUCAGAAUUUAUCAGAUUUGGAUAUCAUUUCACUAGGAUAAAUUUUUACUGUUUAUCGGUAGAAAUGAAACGGGUUAUUUCAAUUUUCAAAUGAAAAUUGCAAAAUAACAUCAUUUUGACUAUUGCUGAUGGUAGUAUCUUGAUUGAUCUAAACAAGAUAAGACUUUUUUAGACCAAUAUGGUCUGGUGAAUUUAAAGAAUGACCUAAAACUCGAAUGGAAUAUCAGCACUUAUGUAGUCAUUCAAAAUGAAAUCAUAAUUUUGACAGAAAAUAACAAUCAUAAAUGUUGAUAUUUCGUUUCUCCACACUUGAAAUUCUUCGCGUUUUAACCUAUGUUUAUUAAUUAAACAUGUCAAAAUUGGAAGAACCCGUUUCGAAUUAUUACGCAACCAUAUUUUUAACACGAACUUCUGUAUCUUGUUUUUUAGUCGAUAACUCGGCUGAUUGUUUUGUUUGUUAAUCAAUCCCAUUUAAGAACGGCUUCAACGAGUGAAUACAAACUAUGCAUCAUCACAAACAUUAAUAAUUCGCCUUCACUGUUGUUUAUUAAAACUCCCAAUGCAACAGCGCAAUUAUUGCAUAUUCAAUUAACUUAACGGCAAUUCAAUAGUUAUUAAUUUCUAUUCGUGGAACCAAAUACAAACUUGAUUACUUUCCACAUAAUUGCAAUCGGCGGAGUUUAAUUUAUAUUUAUUGAAUUUUCCAACCAAAUAUUUCGAGAAUGUGAUAUAGAAUAACUAAUAAUUUCGAUUAUUGAGUAUGAUUUGAUUGCUCUGCGAACUCAUCCUCUGAUGUAGAUUGAUGCUUUGUAGUUGUUUACUAUUCUAUUCUUACUGUGGAUAUGGAAUUUUAAAUUACGUUUGGUUUUCACUCGUUGAACUCUGAAAUAUGUGCAGAUAUUGUUUCAAUACUUUUCCUAUUAAUGUAAAACAAUAUUGUUUUUCGAACUUUUUCUUUGCACAUCUACUUCUUUGGUGGAUUUGAUAAUUUUAAAGCGGUUAUUCCGUUGAAUGUGACUUUGAAGAAAGCCGCGAGUGGUCUGUGAUGUAAGUAACUUUAGAAUUAUAUAGAACUCAAAUCUAUCUAAGUUGAUGAUUACAAUUUUUAUUUGAAAAUAUGUUUCUCGAUUUUCUUCUUGUAGAGAUAUGAAAAAAUUGUUCACGCAAAAUUUUUGUUUUCUCUCUUUUGUAUAUUUGUAGUAUUGACUGGUGCUAUAUAUAGUUUCUACCUUCUUGUAUAUCUCCUGUAAUUUAUUAUUUAACCUUUUUAACUGAUUGUUAGAAGAAUCUUGUACAGUGUAGAUAACCUGUGUAAAAAUUUUAUAAAUAAAUCUCAAUGAUUAAAUAUCUAGCAAUAAUAA